GAGUCAUAUCUGAGAUAAACGUUGUAGUCAGCAAUCUGUGGCUCCGUCUCUUUGUCCCGAGCAGGGCGGUGAAGUCAUGUUCCGACUCCUCAGUCGUCAAGGUAAGAGGACGCCUUGCUGCCUCGCAGGCCAGCGUCGCCAUGGCCACCACAAGGCCGUCAUAGCCAUCCGCCGUGAGGACAUCAACCCCUGGGAGAGGAGAGCGCCGCUGGCUCCGCGCCACGUCAAAGAACUCACCCAUGCCGGCGUCAAAGUCCUGGUCCAACCCUCCAACCGCAGAGCGAUCCACGAGAAGUAUUACAUGAAAGCGGGGGCCGUCGUUCAGGAGGACAUCUCAGAGGCUUCUCUGAUCAUCGGGGUGAAGAGGAUGCCUGAGGAGAAGAUCAUUCCCAAGAAGACCUACGCCUUCUUUUCCCACACCAUCAAGGCUCAGGAGGCCAACAUGGGCCUUCUGGAGGACCUGCUGAAGAAGGAGGUUCGUCUGAUUGAUUAUGAGAAGAUGGUCGACGCUAACGGCUACCGGAUCGUAGCGUUUGGCCAGUGGGCCGGUGUUGCAGGUACGAUGUUAAAAGAAUGAUUAAAUAUCCUGCAUGGACUGGGUCUGCGUUACCUGGCGUUAGGACAUCACACUCCCUUCAUGCACAUCGGCAUGGCUCACAACUACAGGAACGUGAGCCAGGCCGUGCAGGCAGAGGAUUGUGGGUAUGAGAUCUCCAUGGGCCUCAUGCCUAAAUCCAUCGGCCCCGUGACGUUUUGUUUCACCGGAACCGGAAACGUGUCCAAGGGAGCCCAAGACAUCAUCAACGAGCUUCCUGUUGAAUAUGUUGAACCUCAUGAGUUGAAGGAUGUCUGUGAAGCUGGAGAUAUGACCAAAGUGUACGCCACCGUUCUGAGCCGACAUCACCACCUGAUCAGGAAGAGCGAUGGCGUUUACGACCCCUUCGAGUAUGAACACCACCCAGAACUGUACACCUCCAACUUCAGGACCAGCGUGGCUCCUUACACAAACUGCCUGAUCAACGGUAUCUACUGGGACCGUCUAACCCCCCGACUCCUCAGACGGCUGGACGCCCAGAAGCUCAUCAGACCGCCCAAAACCUUGGCGACGGUCGGCGAAGGCUCACCGCAGCUGCCUCACAAGCUGCUGGCCAUCUGCGACAUAUCAGCCGACGCCGGCGGCUCCAUAGAGUUCAUGAACGAUUGCACAACCAUCGAUAAACCUUUCUGCAUGUACGACGCCGACCAGCACAUCGAUCACGACAGCGUGGAGGGAAACGGGAUCCUCAUGUGCUCCAUCGACAACCUUCCCGCUCAGCUCCCCAUCGAGGCCACGGAGUACUUUGGAGACCGACUCUUCCCCUACAUCUGGGAGAUGCUGCCUUCAGACGCCACCAGACCGCUGGACGAGGAGGAGUUCAGCCCACAAGUCAGAGACGCUGUCAUCACCUCUAACGGAGUCCUCACCCCGAAGUUCGAAUACAUUGACAAACUUCGGGAAAGAAGGGAGAAAGCUCAGAUCAUGAAGAAGAGCGGGAUGAAGCGUGUUCUGCUGCUGGGAUCCGGUUACGUCUCCGGUCCCGUUGUUGAGUAUCUGACCCGCGAUGAGAGGACUCAGGUGACUGUCGCGUCGGUGCUGCUGAGGCAGGCGGAGGAGCUGGCAGCUAAAUAUCCCAACACCAUCCCCGUGAUGCUGGACGCCACCAGCCAGGAAGGACACCUCGACUCUCUGGUCAAAGAUCACGACCUGGUCAUCAGCAUGCUGCCGUACGCCUACCACCCGCUCAUCGCCAAGCACUGCAUCAACAGGAAGGUGAACAUGGUGACGGCCAGCUACCUGAGUCCUGCCAUGAAGGAGCUGCAGAGCAGCGCUGAAGAGGCAGGCGUCACCAUAGUGAAUGAGAUGGGGUUGGACCCGGGCAUCGACCACAUGCUCGCCAUGGAGUGUAUCGACCGAGCCAAAGCUGACGGCUGCACUGUGGAGUCCUACAGCUCGUUCUGUGGAGGACUUCCUGCUCCAGAGUGUUCAGACAAUCCUCUCCGUUAUAAGUUCAGCUGGAGUCCGUACGGCGUUCUGCUCAACACCAUCAGCCCCGCCAUCUUCCUCAAAGAUGGAGAGGUGGUGAGCAUCCCAGAAGGCGGUGCUCUGAUGGACUCGACGUCACCGAUGGAUUUCCUUCCCGGGUUCAACCUGGAAGGAUUCCCCAACCGGGACAGCACCAAGUACGCCGAGCCGUACGGCAUCCAGACGGCUCACACUCUGAUCAGAGGAACGCUGCGCUUCAAGGGAUUCUCCAAGGCCAUGAGCGGUUUUCUCAAAGUGGGUCUGAUCAACAGCGAGCCCUGUCCCAUCCUGCAGAGCACUGCUUCUCCUGUCUCCUGGAAAGAGCUCCUCUGUCAGCAGAUGGGAUUGUCCUCCUCCAUGUCUCAGGAGGCUUUUGAAGAAGCCGUGUACGAACGCAUCGAAAAGGACGACUUAAGGAUGGACUCUCUGAGAUGGUUUGGGAUGCUGAGCGACGAGGCAGUGCCUCACGCAGACAGCGUCCUGGCUGCUCUCACAAAACAUCUGGAAGCCAAACUGUCCUUCGAUAAGGACGAGCGAGAUAUGAUCAUCAUGAGGAACGAUGUGGGACUUCGCCACCCAACCGGCGAGCUGGAGACCAAACACAUCAGCCUGGUGGUGUACGGCGAUCCCAACGGUUUCUCCGCCAUGGCCAAGACUGUAGGAUACCCAGCAGCCAUUGCAGCACGCAUGGUUCUUGAUGGUGACAUCAGCACAAAGGGUCUGGUGAUUCCUAUGACGAAGGAGAUCUAUGCACCAGUGCUGACCCGGCUGAAGGAUGAAGGGCUGAACUUCAUGUCUAAGAGCACCUUGCAGGAGUAAAGCCGAACCUCCUCAGACAGCAGAUACUCACUGUAAAUGUCCUGUUCAACACCUCCAGAGAAAGUUUAUAAAAUCCACUUACAUUUUCUGCCUUUUCACCAGCUUAAUCCAAACUGGAUCCUCAGACAGACUCACAUCUGCCUGCUUUUUGUCAGUGUUUAAAACUAUAUUUUUACAUUUGUAGGCCAACAAGAGAGAAAUGAAACUAGGAAAAAAACCAAAAAGGUAAAAUUUUAUUGUGCUGAAAUGAAACUUUAUAUGACUAUUUGGCAAUGCUUUAAAAGUAACUGUUAGUUUUAGGUUAAAAAGCUAGAAAGGAAGCUGGUAAUGAUGCUCAGUAAUCUGCAGUAAGAUAUCAACAGUUUGGUUUCACUCACUCCAAACUAAAAUUACUGGCGUCAACUGAUUCAGAGAAAAGUUCUUCUGUGAAGAUUUGAAAAAAAGGGGUUGACUUAUAAAACACUGUUUUAGGCAUUAAGUAUUAAAACGCACUAACAUUGUGUUAUUGAUCAGGUUAAACUACUGUGGAAACCAGGUCUGACUGAGAUUUGGACUCUAUACCUCCCGAGACACGAUUGUACAUUUUCAUAUCCUGCAUACAUGAAGCCGGGUCAGUACUAUUACUAUUGAAAGGCUUGUUUUUGUAGUGUUUUACUUGGUUAGAAAUGAACAGAAAUGCCAAACCUUUACAAGUUAUAACAGGUUUUCUUCCCAUCUCCUCAAACAGCAUCAGUAUUAACACUGAUUCCUGUAUUAAAUAAUUAAAACUCCAACAAAACCAGCUGAAAAACUGCACUGACCUUCACACAAACUGUGAAAAACUUAAACAAGAAAGACGUUACCAUAGUUACAAACUUGCUUCAAGAUUUCUACAGACAAAAAAAACAAAACAUGUCAUGGAAAUUAAACAGAGCAAAAGUCAGAAGCAUUAAAAGUUCCCAUCUAUACUGUAACUGUAAUGUAGUCGUCCACUGUAACACUAACAAAGCCGAGAGCAGUUCAUCAUGAGUCAAUCAUCUUAUUGUUAUUGUGCAAUUUAAUCUUCUCACUAAAUCUAAAUAUAUUAAAAAUAUUCAUAAUGUCUGAAACAUAUGAUUCCCCUCACAUUAAAAUAACUCAAAGUAUGAAAUCACUAUCACCGCUUUAUUGUUAUUUUGUGGUUGUUUUUAGGGUAUCAAGCUUUUAACUCAGCGAUAAUAAUUAAAUUAUUAUUUAAAGAUAUUAAAGACGCUAUGCUAAGGGUUCGAACAUUUCUGGGUCCCAUCGAGGUUGUGAGUUAUGUCAGUCUGUGAAGCUAGUGUUAGUCUAUGAAGCUAACGUUAGUCUGUGAAGCUAAUAUUAGUCUGUGGGGGUUUAACGUUAGCUUGCACUGUCAGUUUGUGAAACUUACGUUAGCCUCACAGACUGACAUUAGUUUGUACUGUUAGUCUAUGAGGUUAACGUUAGCUUCACAAACUGACAGUACGAGUUAAUGUUAGUCUGUGAGGGUACUGUACUGUCAGUUUGAGAAGCUAAUGUUAGCUUGUACUGUCAGUUUGUGAGGCUAACGUUAGCUUGUCCCAUUGACUGUAUAUUAAUACGGACGAUGCGUUUACACUUCUUACAGUUGUGCAGAAGUGAAGGUAAAAUAUCUCCUGCCAGAGUCUGUUCGGUGGGAUGAUGGUCCAAGCUGUCAAUCAUGACGUCACACCCACUUUUUA